CAUGUGGCAACGUUGCAGCUGUAGCGGUUGCAGCGGCAGCAGCAGCAGCAGCAGCGGGAGGAGCCGAAGUCGUGAAAUGCAUCCAGCACAUGCAUAAGUAGGGAUCAAGUGCAAUAUCCCCAGCUUCCAUCACACAGAUCCAGCCUUUGUUACGGCCGAUCUGCCAUUUGUUACCGAGACAUCCAACGCGCAUUCCCACGCCAUCACCGCCUUCUCUCCUCCCAAACCCCCUCAUCACCGCUGCCCUCCAGAGUCUUGGCAAAACAGGGUUCAGGGAGACGGAGGCUUUCCUUCAGCCACACCCGCAAUCCCGCGUCGACAUUUUGUCUGUUGUCCUGCCCGCACUCCCUCCCCAUUCCCACUCCCCGGUGCCUCCCCCGUUUCUCCCCCUCCAUUCGUCUGACUCUCACCAGCCUUGGCUUACCCACCCCAUCAUGGACGCCCACGGGCUCCGCGAGCGGAUCAAGGCCACGCUCGACGCCCACGCGGGCAAUCGCCAGGCCGCUGAACAACAACUCAAAGCUGCUGAAGAAAGGCCCGGCUUCCUCGAUGGCCUCCUCAACAUCCUCGAGGUCGAGCAAGACAAUGCAGUGCGCUUGUCCACUGUCGUCUACUUCAAGAAUCGCGUCAACAAGGGCUGGGUGAGCUCCGAGUCCGCCCAGCCUCCUCCCGUCCUCAUCUCCGACCCCGAAAAGUCCUCCGUCCGCGCCCGCCUCGUCCCCAUCAUCGCCUCCGCCCAGCCCAAUGCCCGCGCCCAGCUCCUCGUCGCCCUCCAAAAGAUCCUCCACUCCGACUUUCCCAAGCAAUGGCCCGAUUUUGUCGACAUCACCAUCAAGCUGCUGAACGCGCAGGACGUCCCUUCCGUCUUCGCCGGCCUGCAGUGUCUGCUGGCCAUCUGCCGCACCUACCGAUUCAAGCGCGGAGAUACGCGGGGCGACUUUGAUAAGAUUGUCGAGACCACGUUUCCCCAGCUCCUGCGGCUCGGUAAUAGCUUGGUAGAAGAGACAAGCCUCGAGGCGGGCGAGAUGUUGCGCACCGCGUUGAAAGCCUACAAGCACGCCGUCUACUUCGAACUUCCCAUUCCUCUGCGCGCCCAGCAGGCAAUGGUGGACUGGUGCACCCUGUUCCUGCGCGUCGUUGCAAAAGAGCCGCCGCAGAACUCGAUGAUGGACGACCUGGACGAGCGCGAGCUGAACCAUUGGUGGAAGUGCAAGAAAUGGGCCUACGUAAACCUGAAUCGCCUCUUCGUGAGGUAUGGCAACCCGUCGAGCUUGCAGAAGAACAACGGCGAGGAUUACACCGAAGUUGCCAAGAGCUUCAUCACCAACUUCGCCCCAGAGAUUCUCAAGGGCUACCUGCAACAAAUCGAGGCGUGGAUCCACAAGCGCAUCUGGCUGAGCAAGCCCUGCUUGUCCCACACCCUCGCCUUCAUGGACGAAUGCGUCAAGCCGAAGACCAUGUGGGACCAUCUCAAGCCGCACAUGCCCAUCCUCAUCGAGCACCUAAUCUUCCCCGUCAUGUGCCAGUCCGAUGAGGACCUCGCGCAGUUCGACGAAGAGCCCGCCGAAUACCUGCACCGCAAACUCAACUUCUACGAGGAAGUCUCGGCGCCCGAUGUGGCGGCGACGAACUUCCUCGACACCCUCACCAAGGCCCGGCGGAAGCAGACUUUCGAGAUUCUCACGUUCAUCAACAACAUCGUGAACAAGUAUGAGUCGGCACCCGACGAUCAAAAGAAUGCGCGAGAGAAGGAGGGGGCAUUGCGCAUGAUCGGGACGCUGGCGAAUGUGAUUCUGGGGAAGAAGAGCCCGAUCGCGGAUCAAGUGGAAUACUUUUUCGUUCGCCACGUCUUUCCCGAGUUCCGCAGUCCACACGGUUUCCUGCGUGCCCGUGCAUGCGAUACCCUGGAGAAGUUUGAAUCAUUGAACUUCAAAGAGCCGAACAAUCUCAUCAUCAUCUACCGCAACAUCCUCGAAUCCAUGGCCGACCCCGACCUGCCGGUUCGCGUGGAGGCCGCGCUGGCUCUCCAGCCUCUCAUCCGGCACGAUCCCAUCCGUACGAUGAUGCAACAGAACAUUCCGCAGAUCAUGCAACAGCUUCUCAAGCUCGCCAAUGAAGUGGACGUCGAUGCCCUUGCCAAUGUCAUGGAGGACUUUGUUGAGGUCUUCGCUGCUGAGCUGACUCCGUUUGCCGUCGCCCUGAGCGAGCAGUUACGCGACACCUAUGUCCGCAUCGUGCGCGAACUGAUUGAGCGGAACAACUCGAAAGAAGGUGACGACGGCUACGGCGAUUUCCUCGACGACAAGAGCAUCACCGCCCUCGGCGUUCUCCAGACCAUCGGCACCCUGAUCCUCACCCUCGAAAGUACCCCCGACGUCCUCGCCCAUCUCGAGACCAUUCUCAUGCCCGUCAUCACCAUCACCCUCGAACACAAGCUCUACGACCUCUACAACGAGGUGUUUGAAAUCAUCGACAGCUGCACCUUUUCCGCCAAAACCAUCUCCCCCACCAUGUGGAAGGCCUUUGAACUCAUCCACCAGACUUUCAAAUCAGGCGCUGAGCUGUAUCUGGAAGACAUGCUGCCCGCGCUGGAGAAUUUUGUCAACUACGGCUGGAAGACAUUCCUGGAGCGGCCGGCGUACCUCGACGCCAUUGCAGACAUUGUGCGGACGAUAUUCAAGGACGACAAGGUGGGCAGCGUGGAUCGGAUAUGUGGGUGCAAGCUUGCCGAGAUCCUGAUGCUUAAUCUGCGGACGGGAAUCGACAACUACGUCCCCGAGUUCAUCCAGCUCGCAAUGAACAUCUUGACGAGCGACGAGCUGAAGGUGAAGUCGUACCGCAUCCACCUCAUGGAAAUGGUCAUCAACGCCAUCUACUAUAACCCGCGAUUGUCGUUGACGGUGCUCGAGGCAAACGGCUGGACGAACAAGUUUUUCAGCCUGUGGUUUUCCAGCAUCGACAGCUUCACAAGGGUGCACGACAAGAAGUUGUCCAUUGGAGCAAUCACUGCUCUCCUCACCCUGCGAGCCGACGAGGUUCCCAUCAGCGUGCAGCAAGGCUGGCCGCGACUGCUGCAAGGCGUCGUGCGCUUGUUCCAGACCCUUCCAGCCGCGAUGAAGAACCGGGAGCUGGCGCAGAAAGAGGACGAGUUUGGCAUGCCUGGCGAAUAUGGGAGCGACGAGGAGGACGACGAGGAAUGGGAAGGCGAAGACUGGGAUACGGAAGAGAAUGCAGAGUCGGCGGACGUCAAGGAUGAGAGCACCGCCUACCUUGACUUUUUGAGUCAACAGGCGGAGAAGUUCAACGCUGCCGUUGGGCAGGACGAGGGUGAUGAUGAAUUGGAAGAGGAGAGUUUGCUUGAGACUCCGUUGGACCAGAUGGAGCCGUACGGGCUGUUCAAGCAGACGCUUUCAGCCAUGAGCCAACAACAACCGCAGCUGUACGCCUCACUAACGGCGGCAUUGGGGCCGGAAGAGCAACAAGUCAUCAAGGGGGCGGUGGAGAAUGCGGACCGAAUCGCCGCGGAGCAACAGCAGGCGCGUGCCACCGUGCAAGGGGCAGCGUCAUCUCUGCCGUCGCCUGGGGCUCCUGGCGUUGGUGCUGGCGUUGGUCAUACGCAGACCAAUGGCACGAAUUGAGCCGCCGCGGGUCUGCGGCCGUGGCUUUGUCAUAGAUUAGAUACCCUUUAAGAGUUCUCCUGUGCGAGUAGAAGCACUGCAAUUCAGUCUCGCCAUGUCUUGUCCCGGGUAUCAUCCGAGAGGUUCGAGUAUGUGUUGGAGACUCGGAGGGAUGAGGCUGUGGCUGGAUGGGGCAUUCGGCGUUCUGAUUGGAGGAAGCAACGUCAGCUGCUGAGAUGGCGUACUCAACACCGAUUCCUCGGCACUCUUGACAC